AUGAGGGUAAUCGACCCCCAAUCGGCAGUCCUCACCAACAUCGAGGUCCUAGCCUACCUAACAGCAAACCCACCACGCCGACCACCAAACCCACCCCCAAACCUCCGACACUGGGUCCCAAGCCCAGACCUACGAGACCACAAUACCGUUGUUAAAGAGGUACAUACCCUUCUCAAGUCCAUCUUCACUGGAACACACACCAUCUCCUACCUACAAAAGAACCACGAAACAAUCUCUCUCACACCACACCAAUCCACCAACUCAAUGUCCCCAAGAGACAGACAGAGAGAGAUACAUAUAUCCCCGAACAACUCCAACAACUAG